UAAACUAAGUACACAACACACCAAACACUGUGUGAAAUCAAGAGUUUGAAAGUAAAGAUGAGUGGUUCUAUGUUAUUGAUAGAUGAUGGCUACAAAUGUUGUAGAAUUUGCCAUGAAAAAGAAGUGGAAAGCUGCAAUACCUUGGAAUCGCCUUGUGAUUGUUCUGGAACACUCAAGUUUGCUCACAGAUAUUGCAUACAGAGAUGGUGUGAUGAAAAGGGCAAUACUACUUGUGAAAUUUGCUUACAGAAAUAUAAACAUGGUUACAGUGCUCCAGCUAAGAAGCAGCAGGAGAUAAUCCACACAGCAGAAACCAUAAGUCUGUUUGUUGCAAUAAACCACGGCGAAGUGGAGAGCAUUGAAGGAAUAUUUGAACCUGGGUACUGCAGGAGAUGUGUUGCAGCAUUUGCUGCUUGUCGUAGAUCGUUGGCUCUCGUUUUCACCAUUCUGCUUCUGGUGAAGAAUUUGUUUGAUACAAUAAGUGGAGGAACACAAGGCUACCCGUUCUCAGUCGUUACUGUGUUUCUAGUUAAGGCCACAGGCAUAAUUGUUCCAAUGUACAUGCUAUUUUGGUUAACAGAAGUAAUCCACAACACCAUUAUCAACCAUCAAUGCUAUUAUCAGAAUCCUGGCACGUAUCCAUUGAGCUCUAGCGAUGAAGUGAGUGAAGAUGAGCAAGAUAUAGACGGGGAUGAUAAUGUAUAGACGAAAAACGCUAUACUGAUACAAGGAAAAUUGGAAGGAAAGAAAGAAAAUAUGUUUACCUUUCUUAUAUUGAAAAAAUGCUAUAUUGCUAUUAUCAGUUGGUUAGCAAUAGAUAUGGAAAAUGAAAGGCUACCAGAAAUUUAAAAAGGGGACUUGAAAUGCAAGUUAAUUAGAGCCCUAAA